UCUUGACCAGUCCCUCCACCUCCCUCUGGCUGGCCAUUGCCAUGGCAACUAGGGCAUCCUGGGCUCCGGAGGGAAGACAAAGGUGGGGGGUGGACUAGGACCUCUCUGGGAGCGCAGGGUCCUCGGUUCUCGGCAGGAGCUUGUCCAGGAGGCUGAGUCCCACCCCCCUGGCCCCUUGGAGCAUCAGGAGACCCCUCACUGGUCAAGAACCAGAGGAAAGAGACCUGGAAGGCCCAGCAUGGGGACCAGAGCCCCCCAGCCAGUUUCGUAGUUGGGAAAGCAGCCAGCUUGCCUCCCCCAUCAGUCCCAGGGGUACUUAGUGAAGGCUCACCCAGUAUGGAGGCUGAGGACCGCCUCUGCUGACCCUCAGUCUCCUCCCCUGCCCUCCACCCUGACCUCAGCUGGUCAGCCAUGCAACGCUGAGCAGUGCAGCGGGCCUGGGGGCAGCCGGCCUCACUCCAGGGCCAGGAUCUGGGCACCAUGGGGAUGUGUGUGAGUGGAGCUCCUGGGUGAGACCUAGCCCCCGCCCCCAGGGCCUCCACGGGGGUGGGGGGCUGAGGAUAGGAUGGCUCGGGGCGGGGCGGGGGCAGAAGAGGCCACCCUGCGCUCUAACGCAUUGUCCUGGCUGGCCUGUGGGCUCCUGGCACUGCUGGCCAAUGCCUGGAUCAUCCUCAGCAUCUCGGCCAAGCAGCAGAAGCACAAGCCGUUGGAGCUGCUGCUCUGCUUCCUGGCGGGCACGCACAUCCUCAUGGCCGCGGUGCCCCUCACCACCUUCGCUGUGGUGCAGCUCCGGCGUCAGGCUUCCUCCGACUAUGACUGGAACGAGAGCAUCUGCAAGGUCUUUGUGUCCACCUACUACACGCUGGCCCUGGCCACCUGCUUCACGGUCGCCUCCCUCUCCUAUCAUCGCAUGUGGAUGGUGCGCUGGCCCGUCAACUACCGCCUCAGCAAUGCCAAGAAACAGGCGCUGCACGCGGUCAUGGGCAUCUGGAUGGUCAGCUUCAUCCUGUCCACACUGCCCUCCAUUGGCUGGCACAACAACGGCGAGCGCUACUACGCCCGCGGCUGUCAGUUCAUAGUCUCCAAGAUCGGCCUCGGCUUUGGCGUCUGCUUCAGCCUCUUACUACUCGGGGGCAUCGUCAUGGGGCUGGUCUGUGUGGCCAUCACUUUCUACCAGACGCUGUGGGCCCGGCCCAGGAGGGCUCGGCAGGCCCGGAGAGCGGGGGGCGGCCCAGCCAUUGUGGUGGAGGAUGCCCGAGGAAAGCGGCGGUCCUCGCUGGAUGGCUCUGAGUCUGCCAAGACAUCCCUGCAAGUCACCAACUUGGUCAGCGCCAUCGUCUUUCUCUACGACUCGCUCACGGGGGUGCCUAUCUUGGUGGUGAGCUUCUUCUCCCUCAAGUCGGACUCGGCGCCCCCGUGGAUGGUGCUGGCUGUGCUGUGGUGCUCCAUGGCCCAGACGCUGCUGCUGCCCUCCUUCAUCUGGUCCUGCGAGCGCUACCGCGCCGACGUGCGCACAGUGUGGGAGCAGUGCGUGGCUAUCAUGUCCGAGGAGGACGGCGAUGACGAUGGGGGCUGUGAUGACUAUGCAGAGGGCCGAGUGUGCAAAGUUCGGUUUGAUGCCAAUGGAGCCACGGGGUCCGCGGGCCGGGACCCCACCCAGGUCAAGCUGUUGCCUGGAAGGCACAUGCUCUUUCCCCCUCUUGAGAGAGUCCACUACUUACAGGUCCCUCUGUCCCGCCGCCUGUCCCACGAUGAGACCAACAUCUUCUCUACCCCUCGGACACCAGGCUCCUUCCUGCACAAAUGGUCAUCCUCUGAUGACAUCCGGGUCCUGCCAGCCCAGAGCCGGGCCCUCGGGGGCCCUCCUGAGUACCUGGGACAGAGACACAGGCUGGAAGAUGAGGAGGAGCAGGAAGAGGCUGAAGGCGGAGGGCUGGCCAGCCUUCGCCAGUUCCUAGAGAGUGGGGUUUUGGGGUCUGGUGGGGGACCCCCACGGGGUCCUGGCUUCUUCCGGGAGGAGAUCACCACCUUCAUCGACGAGACACCUCUGCCUUCUCCAGCUGCCUCUCCAGCGCCUUCUCCUCGCCGGCCCAGGCCACUGGGCCUCUCUCCCCGCCGACUCUCCUUGGGGUCCCCCGAUAGCAGAGUCAUAGGACUUCCUUUGGGGCUGAGUGCAGGGAGACGCUGCUCCUUGACAGGGGGGGAGGGGAGUGCAAGAUCUUGGGGAGGCUCCUGGGGGCCAGGCAACCCCAUCUUCCCACAGCUGACCCUUUGAGCCCAGGUGGGCCUGCUGGACUCAGAAGAGGGGGGCUGGGUACACCUCCUUCUGGCCUGGACCCUAGGGCAGCUGCCUCCAGACUCUGGGGAGAUGGGCACUAGACCUGGGGCUCUGGAGCUCCCGCUCGUUCCAUCCAAGUGACUAGACGACCUGCUCACCUCCCAUCAUCCCUAGCAAAAUGUAUUAAAAGCUGAAGUGUUGC